CUACUAUUCAUACUCUUGCUUUGAACAUUGGUAGGGACCGUGGAUAUCCACGCAUUGACUAUGUCUCUCAAGUCUGGCAUGAAAUUUGAAGUCACCAACGCGCUCAAUACGCUAUCGACUUUGACAAGACAGGACUCUGACAAUUUGCAGAUCAUGCAUUGUCCUGAGCUUUUGGAUGUCCUGCUCGAUCUGAUGGAAGCAACAUCCUCAAAAUGGAGAUUUGACGGUUAUAUUCAUAAAGCAGAUUUCAAUGACAUUUGUGAAGAUGAAUUGGCGGAUUCAGAACAUCAACUUCACACACAGCAGGUUGGGAUUUUUUGUCAACGUAGUCAGUUUGAUACAUAUCAAAAACUUUUUGAGGCUAGCGUCGAUGAGGCGUGCCAUUUAAUGGAGUACAAGUCAUAUUCUGAGCAUAAACAUCGGGACCAAUUAGAUUCCGCAUCAGUAUCAACGUCCGCAUCAACAUUGGACUUUCGUGAGUGGUCAUUUAAUAAGGAUCAGUUCUUAUCGCUAUCCAACAUUCUCCGAAACCUCUCGUUUUUGCCUGCAAAUUAUGAGUUCCUGGCUCGCCAUCCUCGAUUCUUAGAGGUGUUGAAGAGAACGCUCUUAGCCCCUCAGACGAAGGUGUUUGGAUCCAUUGAUGACAUUGAGGAUCAAGGCAAAAUUGCAUCAUCAGAUCAAAAAUCGGAUGAUAUGGAGACCGAUAGUGUUGAAUAUCAGAGGGCACAAGCACAAAAAAUGAAGACUGAAUGGCUGCCUUCCUCAGGGGCACUAGCAAUUCUUGAACACCGUAAGGAUGUCUUGACAAUUCUGGCGAAUCUAUCUGGAUACUUGAUCUUACCAGACUCCAAUGCGGCACAAUGGAUCAUGCUUCUGAUUCUUGAUUUCAUGAAUGCAGAGGAUACGUAUUAUGCCAGCCUGGCAUUAGAGGCUGUUGCUAAGCUUGGCAUCAGUCAUGACAACCGUUUGUUACUCUCGAGCGUGGACAGAGAUUUACGCAAAGAGACUUUGAAGCAGCGGCAUGGGGGCCGGCUUCCACCACGUGCAUUAGCUCACCACAAGACAACACCGACAUCGUCCUCGGCUUUGCAUGUAUUUACAGACGAUGCAAUGGAGAAAUGGGAGGAAGGCGGGUAUUUACUACCUCUUUUUCAGUCGCUCUCUGCGAUGUUGGGUAAAGUGCUGACCAUCGUCACAGAACAACAAAGGGCGUUGGUGAUGCCACAUUCAACACUUGCGCAUCUUGAAACACUCAUGUUGGCGACCUACAACCUUGCAGCACUAUCGGAAGUGGACUUUAGGCGAUACAUGGCAGUCCAACCAGGAUUUGUUGCAGGAUUAUUGAAGUUAAGCGUGGCAUUGGCAGAUGUUCGGACACCAGCAUAUACAUCUGCAAGUAUGCGGACUGUUGAGACAUUGCGGGUCAUCUCGAAGGACAAUGAGCACUUGCUAGUGCAGUACACAGAGCUGAUUGCCAAAGCUGCAAUGCAGCCUCACAUUCAUCCUAAGAUCCUGGAUGACUUGAUGUGUGUGUUGUAAACUAUAAAUGUUACCAUUUUUAUAAUUAUCAUUAUCAUUAUCAUUAUCAUUAUUAUCGUGUCUUUGCAUUCGUUUACAAUAUUAUUUUCAGGGGGUUGUUAUUUUUCUCAUUACAUUUCUUUUUUAUUUCCUUAACAAUCCUGUUUAAAUUGCCACCAUUUAUCAAUGUUUUUGUUGAUUGCUGUAUUUAAUAAAACAAAUGAAUAGAAGUAUUGUCACAC